AAGGAAAAAAACAUUUCUUUUGAUCAGAUCUACUCACUGUUAAAAUAAAUGACUCAACUUCGAAGUCACCCUGUAUAUAAACAUAUGUACAUGUCUCCCUACAUAAUGUUCGAUGCUGUGGUAACAACCCUAAAAUCGGCAGCCAGAGGAAGGACAUGAGCACCUUGGACAUUACCAAAUAAGGAAACAUGUGCUCUCAGAUAUGUAUUCAAAAAGAGCGAGACCAAAAUAGGGGAUCGAACGAAACACCAAAGGCACAACCUGCAAGGGUAAAUUACCUGGUACACUGACGUGUUGAAAACUGAGCAGGGAACAGGUGCAGGUAUACAAAUAUAUGGGAACAGACGCAAUCCUGGGCAUAAUAUUCCACUUGGAAGACAUCUUUGUAUUUCAUGUAUGCCAUAUUGCACUGUGCAAGAAUAAAUAAUGAGCGCGCGUAUAACAAUAACAUGAUCACCACAUACGCUGACAGUCAUGCGUCACUCAUAGCGUUAAGAAGUGACAUCUGCACUGAUAUGGGAAUGUCAACAAGAACUGAGCACACUGGCGAAACACAACAGAGUAACUUUGAGAACACUAGACUGCUGGAUUGGGCACUGUAAACACGAGGUGCAAGGCAUAAUAAUUCCCAGAGGCUGCAGGUACAUUCAGGAACUUUGUAGCUCCCUGUGAGUUGAAUAGGUGGGUAGGUGAACCAGUUAAAGCAAUUGUGAUACCAACAUCCUACUUCUUGGAAAACCAAUAUGGAAAACCCGUAUUGUCUAAAGCACACCAAGAUGUCUUGAAAAAGUUCAUGAGCUUAGAUGUACAAUAUAUCAUUAAAGUUGAUUCUGAAGCUGAUAUCUCAUUAUAUGUGAGGUACUUACAAUUUCUGGGGAAAAAGCUUUACGUUCACGACGUAAUGAAUGAAUUUGUACAUGGUUUUGAAGAUUUCUUGCAGAACCCUUUACAGCCUCUUACAGAACAUUUGGAAACAAAUAUUUAUGAGACGUUCGAAAAAGAUCAAGUGAAAUAUGAUACGUACCAAAACGCAAUGUACAAAGCCAUUGCUUAUUGCAGUGGUGGGGAAUCUGGAGAUGAACCGCCUGUUGUGAUGGUAGUGGGUGCAGGCAGGGGACCCUUAGUCCAGGCUGUUGUUAAUGUUGCCUACACUCUAAACAAGAAAGUUAAAAUAUAUGCGGUUGAAAAGAAUCCUUUUGCUAUCAACACCUUGCUCGAUCGUGUGAAAAACGAAUGGAACAACCAGGUAACACUUGUUAGUGAAGACAUGAGGAUAUAUGAACCUCCAGAGAAGGCUGAUAUUCUAGUGUCGGAAUUGUUAGGAUCAUUUGGUGAUAACGAAUUAUCACCUGAAUGUCUAGAUGGUGCACAAAGAUUUUUGAAGAAGACUGGCAUAUGCAUUCCUCAAUCUUACACAUCAUAUUUAGCACCAUUGCAAAGUUUGAAAAUGCACAAUGAAAUCAAAGUGAACAGAACGGCAGACAAGACUCUGCAACAAUCUUUUGAAACUCCAUACAUCGCUCAUCUAGCGAAUUUCUACCAAAUAGCAGAGCCUCAACCACUGUUCAGGUUCAAUCAUCCGAAUUGGAGCGAGAAUAUUAACAAUCAAAGGUAUAAGAAACUCCGCUUCCGAUGCGAGCAGCCCUGCGUGCUUACGGGCUUUGUAGGCUAUUUCGACACAGUCCUCUACAAAGACGUAAUGCUGAGCAUCCAUCCAGAGACACAUACUCCAGACAUGGUCAGCUGGUUUCCAAUCGUAUUUCCUCUCCAAGAGCCGGUUCACAUUGGAGAGGAUGGAAUUAUCGAGGUGUCUUUCUGGAGGGUGGAUAAUGAAGAGAAAGUGUGGUAUGAGUGGUGUCUGCACUCGCCCAUCCAAACAAGUGUAAUGAAUCCCAACGGACGGAGCUACUUCAUAAGGAAGCAUUGAGUUUAAUAUGGGAAUUAUCUUUCUAUCCUGAAUAAUUUUUAAUUUUUUAAUAAACGUUUUUUAAUUAUGUAGGUUUUUUCCAAACACAUGAAAAGGUCGCAUGAUUUCAAAGAUGUUUAUUAUUAUUAUUUUAGUGACUGAUAACCCUACUGUCAUCAUAAUGGCCUCCUCAAUGUCGUUUCAGAAGAAGUAUACAAAGCACACAAUAAAAGCAAAUUUUUUGUUGGUGCAAUUUGGCAUCGAUUGUUGGCAGUCGCAGCCGAGAUCUACUGAUGUCCUCGAAACUCCACCAUGUUAUAUUCCACACAGUCUUUCAAAUAAGAUAUCGACUUAAUACCGUAUAAAGGG